GCGCAGAGCGGAUGGACGCGCGGAGCCCGGCGGCUCCGAAAUCAGCACAUGUCGGUAUCUACUCGCCGCUGCCGGACUUCUUGUGCCUUUUGAAGGAGACAUACAGUAACUAACAGACCAGUAUUUUCCCAUUCACAAGCUCUUGGGCGACUGAUCAUCCUACAUUACUUGCAACUCUCGUGCAGGCCUGGCGAUGGGCUUAUUUGACCUAUCCAGAAAGCAAAAGAACACUCUGUCCUUAGCAUUCUCGUGUUCGUGCGCGUAAUCCCGGUGCGUCGCCCUGAUGGCGCUGACGCACCCCCUGUGGUACAGGCACCGUUUCCCGCCAGCGCUCCGCUGUCUCAGUGCCCGUAAGGAGCUGUCCAGCGUGUAUCGCUCCCGGUGCUCUCGCCAGCUGCGUGUUGUCUGGACGCCAACUGUCUCGCGUGGUCGCUGUCCUCGUUCAGAUAACAUCUCUCCACAGUCUCCUCCAUCCUCCAAUGCUCCUGUCCAUACUUCACGUCCCUUGACGCCCAUUCCGCUCAUGGCCAUCCAAACAAGAACCCAUGCUGGUCACAGCCACGGCCACCACCACCAUCACCACGACAAUGUCUAUCUGACCUCGUCAAAUAAAAAUGAUGCUGGAGUUCGCAUCACCCGAAUUGGCCUCCUGGUCAACCUGGCAAUGGCAAUUGGCAAGUUUGUGGGAGGCUAUAUCUUCCACUCUCAGGCCCUGGUUGCCGAUGCGUACCAUGCGCUCACAGAUCUCGUGUCUGACUUCAUGACACUUGGAACAGUCUCCUGGUCUCUGAAACCUCCAACGGACCGGUUUCCGAAUGGAUAUGGAAAGGUGGAGAGUAUUGGUGCCCUGGGUGUUAGCAGUCUGUUGCUCUGCGGUGGAGUGUUCAUGGGCCUGAAUGCCACCGAGGUCCUCCUCGGCCUGUUCCUCCCGGAGGUGGCAGAAACUCUCUCCCACAUAGGUCUCCUUGGCCAUGGGCAUUCGCAUGGACACAGUCAUGGAUUAGAAGAACUGGGCCCUAACAUUAAUGCGGCAUGGUUGGCAGGCGGAUCUAUCAUUGUAAAGGAAUAUCUUUACCAUGCUACAAUGAAAAUUGCAAAGGAUCGCAAAUCAUCCGUUUUAGCCUCGAACGCCGUACACCACCGUAUCGACUCGCUUACUAGCUUUGUCGCGCUAUUGACAAUCGGUGGUUCUCACCUGUUUACAGAUGCCUCCUGGCUGGAUCCAGUUGGUGGACUGGUGAUCUCUAUGAUGGUUAUCCGAGCAGGCUGGGAUAAUACAAAGACUGCACUUCUCGAGCUUGCGGACACUACCGUGGAUGGAGAGAUCAAAGCUUCCGUGAAGAAAGCAACGUCCAAAGCUCUGGCCGAAGCUGGAAACAGUCAAUCAGUUGAAAUAAGAGAUGUACAAGGUCUGAAGUCUGGUCAGAACUACCUGAUGGAAAUUGAACUGGCCGUGCCCGGAUCCUGGCCAGUCGAUCGAUCCCGGGAGAUCGAGAAGAGUGUUCGUGAGCGCGUUGGAUCCCGCGUUCGGGGUGUGAAGCGGGUGAAGGUCCGCUUCGUGCCACAAGCCGACAAAGAGGUCAGCUUCACCGAAGAAUUCAUUCCACCCGGAGUCAGCCCACGGAGCAGUCCUGAGCCUGAGGGUUCUGAUGAAGUGGACCAUGACCAUGACCAUGACCACGAUCAUGACGACGGAGACGCGCACAGCCAUUCGCACAGCCAUUCGCCGGAAAACAGUGUCCACAAGAGACGUUAAGAUUGCCGGGGUGUGGUUCCUUGGAGGCGGAGGUAAUCUCAUGUCGAG